CAGAUGUACUGACCAAGUAAACCUUGAAACUGGAAGAAAUUUCUUUCUUCUUGGCAGCUGAUGUUCACAAGCUCAUUAACAAUAAGGCCAUGAAUAUAAACAGAGUACUGCUGGGUAAUGAGAGGGCAACUGCCAAGCUGCUCUUUAAUGUAAUGAAAUCAGAGCUUGAGAAAGACAAAUUGCAUCAACUGAAAUGGCAAGAGAGAGUCAAGGUCUGGAAGCUCAUCCAAAAGAACUGCAUAGUUCAGAGUUUCAGAGAAUUUACGGCAAGUGAAGAAAUACAGAAUCCCCCAACUGUGAAAACAGAAAUGGAAAAUAUGAUAAAGGAGCAGAUUGUACUUAGUGACCAGAGACUGAGAGUUUUGCAGCACAUUGGGUUCUCUGUUGCUUUGAGCUGGCUACUAGGAAGACCCAAAGAAGCUGCCUGUGACAUCACUUUCCUUUGGCCAGUGCAAACACUUAGUCAUGACACACCUAAUGUGGAGUGCAUGGAGAAAAUGUGCAUCCAGUAUGAGCUGGUCCAGGACAAAUGUCAGGAAAAAGUGCAGGUCUGCAAGAUGACCCUGUUGGAUAUUUGCACAGUAGAAGAUGUUGAAAUUGUACAUUCCAACAUGCUCCAGAUGACUGAGAAACUAAAACAUAGGUUUGAAGAACAACUGCAGCACAUGAAUAGUGAAUUUAAGGAGAUGGCUAAAUGGCAUGAGCAGCAUUGUGAAGGCUUGUACAACUAUGUUCAGGAUGCCAUGGCUCUCUGGGAUGUCCAUCAGCUCCAACUGUCCCAGCAGGAAAAUGUACUUCAGAAGAAAGUAGAUGAAUGCAGAUGGGAAGAGGAUAACAUAAUUCAGAUGAUGGAAGAUAAUCUGGAUACAAGUUUGGAAAAAAUGAAGAUGGCAAGCUGUGAAGAAGAGCUGAAGCAAUAUUUGGAGAAAGCCCUUUCCUCUUUAGAUCAAAUUAGAACUAGUCUCUUAAACAGUGACCUUAAAUUGGACAGGAAUGAGAAACUCAAGCAAAUUGUAAUGGAUGAAGUAAUGGCUUACCCAAAAGCUAUUUUGUGGGAAUUGAUUUCUUAUAGUAUAUCCAUCAGCCAGCAUUUUAGUGUGAAGGAAAUCUCCAAACAGAACUUGCAAGGCACGAUAGACUCCACAGUUCAAGAUCAAAAUAAUACCUCAACAGUCCAAACAGGGCUCGAAGCAAGGACAUCCCAGCCCAGAGCAGAGCAGGACAAUGGCCUCUCUCAACUGGUGCCAGAAGAUAGGGACAGUUGUCAAAAAUCAGCUGGAGAAACAAACUUAACGGAGAAACAGGUGAUCUUGGCACAGGAAAUUGCAGAAACAGAGGAAGAAGAAGAUGAGGAGAGUGUUCCUCAUAAAAGUGAAGAAAAUGAGCAUGCAGAACAGGGACUAAGCAUUAUGCAGGUAAGUGAGCAAGAGAAUACAUUUGAAAGUGAAGGCAGUCUUGACCAAAAUAAGGAGGAAUAGGAAGUCUUUCUGCUGAGAAU